AUGGGCGAAGCGGACACGGAGACGCGUCGUCCCCUGAAGGGUGAGUGUGGGAAGUCGGUGUCCAAGUCAAUCAUGGCCAAACAAUGCAAGGUUUGCGAGGAGAAGAAUGUGCCCAAUACGCGCAAAGCUAACAACCGCGAGUUAUACCUCCGCAAUAAGGAUAACAUCUAUAACAAGCGGCUCGAGCAGCGUUUGUAUGACUGUUUAGUGCAGAUUUAUAAUAUCCGAUGCGAAUCGGAGGAGGGUGAGGUAGCAGAGGGUUUUGAGAGUGUACAAGCCAAAAUGUGA